CAGCCAAGAGACUGCUGCCGCGUAUCAGAGUGGGGUCGUUUGAAGUAGUUUACUUUUUGAAUUCUGACGACUCCCUGUACAGUGUAAAGCCAUGUCCCCAUCAGUACCCCUGCAGGAGAUGAUCCGGGCCAUCAGGUCAGCCAGGACGCAGUGUGAGGAGCGGGGUGUCAUCCAGAGGGAGUGUGCUGCCAUCCGGGCACAGUUCAGGCAAGCCGACAACGGGGGUCGAUCUCACAACCUGGCCAAGCUGCUCUACGUGCACAUGUUGGGCUAUCCUGCUCACUUUGGUCAGAUGGAGUGUGUUCGGAUGAUAGCCAGCCCUCGCUACAGCGAGAAGCGUGUCGGAUACCUGGGAGCCAUGAUGCUGCUGGAUGAGAAGCAGGAUGCCAGCCUGCUCAUCACUAACUCCAUCAAGAAUGAUCUUGCUCACAGUAGCCAGUAUGUGCAGUCUCUGGCUCUGUGCACGUUGGCCUGUAUGGGUUCAGCAGAGAUGUGCCGAGAUCUGGCACCAGAGAUUGAGAGGCUGCUCCGAGCCUCCAACUCCUACAUUAAGAAGAAGGCUGCACUGUGUGCCGUACACAUUGUGAGGAAAGUUCAUGAUCUUGGGGAGAUGUUUGCGCCUGCCGCUCGUGGCCUCCUGGCUGAGAAGAACCACGGUGAGUUAACGGCACAUUCUAAUAACAUGUUUACUAGGCAGUUUGAUCCUAUUAAGCAUGUCUUCCAGAUACUGGUUCCAACAAUUCUUUGUGGUUUUGGCUGUUUAUCUCUAGGUGUGUUACAUGGUGCUGUAGUGCUCAUUACCGAGCUGUGUGAGCGGAAUCCAGAGACACUGGAGCGGUUCAGAAAGACAGUGCCAGAUCUGGUGCAGAUCAUGAAAGGUCUGGUCAUUUCCGGUUAUUCUCCUGAGCACGACGUGGCAGGAAUCAGUGAUCCCUUCCUGCAGGUGCGCAUCUUGAGGCUGCUGAGGAUCCUCGGCCGCAACAAUGAAACAGCCAGCGACGCCAUGAACGACCUACUAGCUCAGGUGGCUACCAACACUGACAGCACUAAGACUGUGGGCAACGCUGUGCUGUAUGAAACUGUUCUGACCGUGCUGGACAUCAAGUCAGAGAGCGGCCUCAGGGUUCUGGCAGUGAACAUCCUGGGACGGUUUCUCCUGAACAACGACAGGAACAUUCGGUAUAUUGCCAUGACUUCUCUUCAGAAGAUUGUUGGGACAGACCACACAGCAGUGCAGCGCCACCGAGGAACCAUAGUGGACUGCCUAAAGGACCAGGAUGCUUCUGUCAAGCGCCGUGCGUUGGAGCUCUCCUUGGCGCUGGUGUCAGCCAGCAACAUCCGCUCCAUGAUGAAGGAACUGCUCAUCUUCCUCUCCUCAUGCCCCGCCGAGCUCAGGUCUAAUGCUGCCAGUGGUAUAUUCAACGCCGCUGAGAGGUAUGCGCCCUCCCAGCGCUGGCACAUUGACACCAUCCUGCAUGUCCUUACCACGGCAGGGGGCGACGUGAGAGACGAAACUGUGCCGAACCUGAUCCAACUCAUCACCAACGCCUCAGAGCUUCACUGUUACACCGUUCACAAGCUAUACCGGGCUGUGCUCACUGACAUUUCUCAGCAACCCCUGGUCCAGGUGGCAUGCUGGUGUAUAGGAGAGUACGGGGACCUGCUGCUGAGAGGAGAGUGUCAGGACACUGAGCCUGUUCAGGUCACUGAGGACGACGUCCUGGACGCCCUGGAAACUGUUCUACAGUCCCACAUGUCGUCCCCGGCGACCAGAGGCUUUGCUCUCACUGCCACCAUGAAACUGAGCACACGCAUCACUGAUAAUGUGGAUCGGAUCAGAAGCAUCGUCAGCAUUUACGGCAGCUGUAUAGAUGUUGAGCUCCAGCAGAGGGCAGUCGAAUACAACGCUCUAUUCAAAAAAUAUGACCACAUGAGGGCAGCAGUGCUGGAGAGGAUGCCUGUGAUUGAGAAGAACUCUCCGGGUCAUACCAACGGAGAGUCAACAGGGGACACCAUCAAGGAGAUCCAGCCCGCCAAAGUCAAGCAGGGAGAGCUGCUGCCUCCACAACAGCCAGCUAACCAGGUCUGUGAUUUGUUGGACCUGCUGGGGGGCUCUGGGGAGCCUCUGCAGCCCAGUCCUGCACAAGGCAGCGUGGCACCAGGCCUGCCCAUCAUCAGCCCUGCUGGAGGAGACCUUCUGGAUCUGCUGGGAGGCUUAGAGCCCACGCCCGUCGCAUCAGCUCCUGCAGUGACAGUGUAUGAGAAGAGCGGUGUGACUUUGACACUAAGUUGUGAGAAACAGUCAGACUCAGGCCUGACAGUCACACUCACAGCCUCCAACUCCAGUGACUCAGACAUCAGCAGCUUCACUCUACAAGCUGCAGUGCCCAAGAGUGUCCAGUUACACAUGAAGGCUCCCAGUGGGGACUUUCUUCCUGCACAAGGCGCAGCUAAGGUGACCCAGAUGGUGGUCCUCAACAACCCAAACAAGGUGAACCUGAAGAUGAGGGUACGCAUAUCAUACACAACCCAAGGAUCCGGUUUUCAGGAUACAGUCCAGAUUGACUACUUCCCCGGACUCAAUGCUGCCAGCCACUGACAGCAGCCUGUCAGUCCAACAGGACUAUGACGAGUCUGUGAAUGAAUCAGCAGGCGUCACCCUCACUGAUGAAGGGUUUCUGUGCUGUCAGAGCCUCUACACUACAGUCCAAGCUGCUGUGUCUCAAAUACCUGAUUUUAUUUGUGUUUUUUUUUUUUUUUUAAGACUGAGGAACACUUUUCUUUCACAGGAAAUCGCAGCCUCAUGUAUGAACUCCCCUUCAUUUGGAACUCUAAUGUAUAUGAGAUGGAUGUGGCACAGGCUUUGGAAUAUGCAGGUAUAACACGAAAAAUACUCCAUUCGUAUUUUUCUUGGAAUUUGCAGUGACUACUGUCCACACACAUGUACCUAAGUACCACCCUGUCCUUUUUUCUUUUUCUUUAACUACAGCUGAUUGUAUUCUUAUUCCACACUUCAAAAUAUGUACUUUUUUUGUGGUUCCUGUCACACAGCACUCCACGUCCCCUCCCUUCAAAGUGAUUUCCUUUAUGAAAUACUUUCCUUCAUCCUUGUUUAAGAGCAGCUGACCACUAACAAAUGAACCACUGCUACGAAACACUCUUAUCCAGAUUUUAAACACAACCACAUGACUUGCAUCCUUUCGGUCUUCAGUUUGCUCUUAUCUUUUUCUCAGAGUACAACAUAUGAACAUCUACAUUAUCUCAUCUCCUUAUUUCCCCUGUGCCUUUCAUACCUUUGAGAGCAGAGGUUUUCUCAUAUACUAAAUGUGUAAUUAUAUAGUUUUGGAUGCCAAGAAACGGUUUUAAAUAUAGGUUAGUUAUAUACAUCUUUUAAUCAUUCCCAUACAAGCAACCCUUGUUGCUUAUUCUGAAGAGAACUCCUCGUCUAUUGUUUACAGAAUACCUUUGCUGAGUUAUUGUAUUUUAUGAAGGCUGUGUACAGUGAAACAAAAAUGGGCAUGGUUACUCUCUGCAAGAUGUAUAUUUUAGAUAUUAAGUAUAUACAGUAAGCACAAUUGGAAGAAUUUUAAGUCUUUGAUCAAUUUUACACAUGCAAGCAGACAUACCUCUAGAAGCCGGUUAGUAAUUUGAUCAAUCAUCUCAUUAUCUUUUAAAACAAAACACUGGAUGCUGGAUGUCAGCAAUGGUGCUUCAGUGCAAUCUGUACCAGACUGUUUCAGAUCACUACCUUAACUUAAAAAAAUGUUAUGGACAGACCAGGAGGAGUUAAUUUUGUCAGCUGUUUAGAUCCUCUUUGAAGCUUCUGUCUCAUGUCAUUUUCUAAAUAAAAGAAAAAAAUCAGUUUUCAGAAUCCUCA